AUAUUGAGAGCGCCGGAAGAGAAGCAGGUGUCUUCCUUGGCCAUCUUGUGGUUGUCCACCGUUAGCAGUUCGCUCAAAGCCUCUAAGAAUCGGAGGAGAAUCCCGCUGUUGGGGCGCCAUCAUGCCCGGGCAUCUGCAAGAAGGCUUCGGCUGCGUCGUUACCAAUCGGUUCGACCAGCUAUUGGACGACGAGUCCGACCCGUUCGAGAUAUUAAAAGCGGCCGAGAUCAAGAAGAAAGAGGCGGCCGCGUCGGGCGGCUCGAAGACGGCAGCUCAAGCCGCCAAACAGCCGAAGAAAGAGUCGCAGAAAGACAGGAAAAAUACAACUCAGGACAAGAAAGAAGAAGUCCAGGCACCAGUUCCUCUGAAGAAAGAGGGGAUGAGGAGGGUUGGACGGAGGCCGGAGCAGCAAGGUCAGGUUGGUUCUCAACACCAAGGAGGUCAAGGAGAGGGACGCCCCGCCGACAGGAGGCCGGAGAGACGACCUCCUCGUGAGCGGCGCUUUGACAAACCAGCUGAUGACAAGCCAGAGGGGGGCGAUUUCAAUGCGGACAAGCUGGCUGGAGACAAGCCAUCUAGAGGGCGUGGUGUAGGCCGUGGGGGUAGAGGCGGACGUGGACGAGGCAUGGGACGUGGAGAUGGCUUUGAUUCCCGGGGGAAACGUGACUUCGACAGACACAGCGGCAUUGACAAAUCUCGACAGAAAGGAGAUGAAAAGCGAGGCGGCAGUGGCUUGAACAACUGGGGCAAUGUGAAGGAAGAAACCAGUGAGCUUGAUCAGUCAGCUGCACCUGAACCCGUUCCUGAAGGUGAGGAGAACGCCCCUGCCGACUCUGAAAACAAGGAGAAUGAAGUGGAGGAGGUAAAGGAGGAAGGCCCGAAGGAGAUGACACUGGACGAGUGGAAGGCCAUGCAGGACAAAGAACGCGCCAAAGUUGAAUUCAACAUCCGCAAGCCCAACGAGGGGAAUGACGGUCAGUGGAAAAAGGGCUACGUACUGCACAAGUCAAAGAGCGAGGAAGUCGGCACGCGGCACGCUGGAGCUGUGAUUGAAGCUGGAGAUAUUGAUCCCGACUCAUUCCACAAGGCUGAAGAAGGUACCGGAGAUCACCACUUCCGUAAACCAGCCAAUGACAUCACCUCCCAGCUGGAGAUUAACUUCGGAGACUUGGGUCGACCAGGACGUGGCCGCGGGGGCUCUCGUGGAGGCCGUGGUGGUCGUGGUGGUGGUGGUGGUGGUGGUGGUGGUGGUGGCGGCAGCGGCGGCGGCGGACGGCCAAGUCGAGGUGGAGGCAGAUCUGAGAAGGGUGGAGGAGUUUCUGUCCCUAAUGUGGAUGAUCCUGAGGCUUUUCCAGCACUGGCCUAAACCUCCUAACCUUCCUCCGGGCCCCCUCCUCUUUGACGCUUGCAUGCUUAUGGAUUCUUCUAACAUAAAAACCAGAAAAGAGAAAAAAAUAAAUCAAACAUGAGACUGUCAUCCGUACAUACACUGAGAACUGACUUUUACCUGCGGAAAAAGACACAAAUGGACUUCUUGUUACACUGAAGCAAAUUGGUAGAGGUUUUGUAUUUAGAGACAUGAUAGCAGGGAUGUUCAUACAGUAUUUUUUCCCCUUUCUUUUCUCCAGAGAUUAUGCAUUCGCCAUAAAUAUUUUUUUAUUGCUGCUUGAAUGUAUGCGUUUUCAAAAUAGAAUUUGAAGUGUGUUGUGAACACUUACGUUUCCCUCGAGUACUCUUCUAUAAAUGGCUCUACCAAAAGCAGAAUGAUGGGGUUUUUCCAAGUGAGAUACAACAUGACUUCAAGUGGUUAUUUUACUAUUAAUAUAUACAUGAGUAAUGUAUAUGGACUGUUUUAAAUGUUUUGAAAGAAAGCUCUAAGUUACCCUUUGGAUUAUUGUUGUUUUCUUGGCUGGUAGCAAGAAGUGAAUGCCUCAUCUUUAUUUUGCUUUGUAUGAUGUUUUUUUUUUUUUGGUCAUCCUCUGGUGCACCAGUAAAAUUAGUAUACAUGUCUUUCUUCCUCAUCUUGUUGAAGCACCCGGGGCUCAAUGUAGAUCCAAGCUGGUCCCUUGCUCGCUUAGAAACCUUUGUACCACUUUCUGAAGUGUGCGUGUGUAUGUGUGAGUGAGAGAGAAACUGUUUUAAAUACUUAUCUGCCAUAAAUUUAUUUUUCCUGAGCUUACAUUGUAAGUUUCAGCAAGUCGUGUUUUAUCGACUUUUUAGUGAGUUUUCUGUAGUGUUAGUUGUCGACAUAUCUUGCACUUAGAUUUAUGGUGACGUUUGAAUAAUAGCUAAUAAGCACAUGGUCUAUUGGCAUCAGUACCAUUUUAUUUUUAUUUCUCCUGUGAUCUUUGCUGUGAAUUUUAUUUUUAAUUAUUACUACAACAGCACUACUGCUUGCAUUUUCUGAUAAAUGUAAAUCGGAGUGGGACAACAGUGUGCUGUAAAAGAACGUUUGGAUCCAGCUUCUUAUCUAUGUGAAUUAGCAAGACCUCCAAGUGUGAUGGCUGAUGUACUGUGUAUUCAUAGGAGGGACAAUAAAGUGGAAGACGACAGUA